AUGAAGUUCAGUCAAGAACUCUUGAUGCUGGCAUUGUUUGCCAUCGGCUCUUCCGCAAUUGCCAUAAAACGCGAGCCAAUUCCAAACGCAGUAGCCGACGCGUACGAAAAAUAUGAUCCCUACAAGCAAGAUGGAGAAUACUACUCCCCUUACUAUAAUCCUUAUGUUGAUGAUUAUAAGCAUGAUAAGCAUGAUAAAAAAUACAAAAGGGAUGCUUUAGCCACAGCCGACGCGUACGAAAAAUAUGAUCCCUACAAGCAAGAUGGAGAAUACUACUCCCCUUACUAUAAUCCUUACGUUGAUGAUUAUAAGCAUGAUAAGCAUGAUAAAAAAUACAAAAGGGAUGCUUUAGCCAUAGCCGACGCGUACGAAAAAUAUGAUCCCUACAAGCAAGGUGGAGAACACUACGAUCCCUACAAGCAAGAUGGAGAAUACUACGAUCCUUACUAUAAUCCUUACGUAAAAGAUUAUAAAAAGCAUGAUAAAAAAUAUUAG